AUGCCAUCGGCCGCGGCGGCAAAGGCAAAGGCGAAGAAGGCCAAGGCCGCCAAAGCGAGGCCAACAGCCGCCGUCCUUGACCAAGCAGACGCAGACGCAGACAUUACCCAUCUCGCCCCCCCAGUCUCGGCGUCAAGCGACGACGACGAGGAGCCGAGUGCCGGGUUGGGUUUUGUAUCCGGCUCAGAUGCAGACUCAGGCUCAGACUCGGACUCAGGUUCACACUCAGGCUCAGACUCGGGCUCAGACUGGGGCUUAGACUCUAACUCCGAUUCGGACUCUCUUGACAAUGCUAGUCCCAGGAAACGACGGCGCACCUCGCCCUCGCCCAAUACUGAUACACCCACCCUCAAGUCUGCCUUCAGCGUUCCCUCGCGGAUAAAAAGCGGACAAGACAAGGCUGCCAAGCAUAGAGUAGUCGCACACGCAGACGCUGCCGCUGGUCCUGCCGCGCUGCCUAUCCCGGCCCCGCGGAUCCUGGCCCCUAUCGACGCAACCACCAGCUUCGACUCGCUCAAUGUUCGCCCGUGGCUGGUCCAGGCCUUGACCAACAUGGCCAUCAAGCGGCCCACGGCCAUCCAGAAGCAGACCAUCCCCAUGAUUCUGUCGGGCAGAGACUGCAUCGGAGGCAGCAGGACCGGUUCCGGAAAGACAGUGGCCUUUGCCGUUCCCAUGUUGCAGAAAUGGGCCGAGAACCCCUCGGCCAUCUUUGGCCUCGUCCUCACCCCCACUCGAGAACUGGCUCUGCAGAUAUACGAGCAGUUCAAGGCCAUCUCCGCGCCGCAGUCGCUCAAGGCCAUCCUCAUCACCGGAGGCUCUGACAUGCGGUCGCAGGCCAUCGCCCUGGCCCAGCGGCCGCAUGUUGUCAUCGCGACCCCUGGCCGCCUGGCUGAUCACAUCCGGACUUCGGGUGAUGACACGGUCGGCGGGCUCAAGCGGGCCCGUUUCAUCGUGCUCGACGAGGCCGACCGUCUCUUGGCAGCCGGCAACGGCGUGGGCAGCAUGUUGCCCGACGUAGAGGAGUGCCUCAGCGCCCUGCCGCCACCCUCGGCCCGCCAGACUCUCCUGUUCACGGCUACCAUCACCCCCGAGGUCCGCGCCCUCAAGGACAUGCCGCGGCAGGCCGGCCGGGAGCCCGUGUUCGUGUGCGAAAUCGACACGCAGGGACCCGCCAUCCCCGCGACGCUGAACCAGAUGCACCUCCAGGUGCCCGUCACGCACCGCGAGCACUACCUGCACAUGUUCCUACUAACGCCCGCCAACGUGGACAAGCCGCUCAUCAUCUUCUGCAACCGCACGUCGACGGCCGACUUCCUGCACCACAUGCUGCGCCUGCUAGACCACCGCAUCACGGCGCUGCACUCCAAGCUGCCGCAGCGGCAGCGCAUCGACAACCUGGCGCGGUUCCGGGCCUCGGCCGCCCGUAUCCUCGUCGCCACCGACGUGGCCGCCAGAGGCCUCGACAUCCCCGAGGUCAAGCUCGUCAUCAACUACGACAUCCCGCGCGACCCGGACGACUACAUCCACCGCGUCGGCCGCACAGCGCGCGCGGGCCGCAAGGGCGACGCCGUCACCUUUGUCGGCCAGCGCGACGUCGACCUAGUGCUAGCCAUCGAGCAACGCGUCGGCACGCAGCUCGAGCCCUGGCGCGAGGACGGCGUCAACCUCGAGGCGCGCGUCGUCCGCGACGCCCUCAAGGUCGUCGGCGAGAAGAAGCGCGAGGCCCUGCUCGAGAUGGAGGAGAACAGGGAGGUCGGCGGCAAGCGCAAGCGCACCAAGCAGAAGCUACGCAUACAGUGA